GCGACGACGGCUCCGUGCUGGAGAGGGACGCAGUGAAGCUGGCCUCGGCUCGGAUAUGAUUCAUGUUUACCCAAUCCAGGUUUAUUUGCUGCUUAGUAAUUGCACGGGCUUCGGAUGAAUAUUUGGCUUCUAACUUCUCAUCGCUCCGUUCGCGGAUUUCCAUGUCUUACUUGUGAGAGUUCCCAAACAGGAUCAUCGGGACUGCUCAUCGUCCGUUACUGAUUGUCUGUGAUUGGUCCAGGUCGGAGUUCCUCGUUGGGUGACCCACACUCCUUCUCAGGGGGCCAUGGAGGAGGAGGGGCAGCAGAGCUUGGAGUGCAUCCAGGCCAAUCAGAUCUUCCCCAAGAAAUCUCCUGUCCUGGAGGAGGAAAACAUGCAGGUGCCCUUUCCUGAGCUGCAUGGGGAGUUCACAGAGUAUGUGGGGAGAGCAGAGGACGCCAUCAUCGCAAUGUCCAGCUACCGCCUGCACAUCAAGUUCAAAGAGUCCGUUGUCAACGUCCCUCUGCAGCUCAUAGAGAGCGUGGAGUGUCGGGAUAUGUUCCAGCUGCACGUCACCUGUAAGGACUGCAAAGUUGUCAGGUGUCAGUUCUCCACUUUCGAGCAGUGUCAGGAAUGGUCGAAACGCCUCAGCGCGGUCAUGCGCCCUCCCUCUCGCCUGGAGGACCUCUUCUCCUUCGCCUUCCAUGCCUGGUGCAUGGACGUGUACGCCGGCGAGAAGGAGCAGCACGGGGAGCUGUGCAGACCAGGCGAACACGUGACCUCCUGGUUCAAGAAUGAGGUGGAGAGGAUGGGCUUUGACACUCAAAACGCCUGGAGGAUAUCUGACAUCAACAGCAAGUUCAGGCUUUGCCCCAGCUAUCCUCAGCAGCUCCUGGUGCCAGCCUGGAUCACUGACAAGGAGCUGGAAAAUGUUGCGGCCUUCCGCUCCUGGAAGAGGUUCCCUGCAGUGGUUUAUAGGCACCAGAGCACGGGUGCUGUGAUUGCCCGCUGCGGCCAGCCGGAGGUCAGCUGGUGGGGCUGGAGGAACGCCGACGACGAGCACCUGGUCCAGUCCAUCGCCAAGGCCUGCGCCGUGGACAGCAGAUCCCGUAAACACAUCCCCAACGGCAGCUACACCAACGGCUCAGACCUGCCCGACACUGACUUCGAAUCCUCCAUGACCAACAGCUCAGAGGUGGAGACGUUGGCCAUCCAGCCCCACAAAUUGCUGAUACUGGACGCUAGAUCCUACGCUGCAGCUGUAGCUAACAGGGCCAAGGGGGGAGGCUGCGAAUGCCCAGAAUACUAUCCCAACUGCGAGGUGGUGUUCAUGGGCAUGGCCAACAUCCACUCCAUCCGUAAGAGUUUCCAGUCUCUGCGUUUCCUCUGCACUCAGAUGCCUGAUCCAGCCAACUGGCUUUCUGCACUGGAGAGCACCAAGUGGCUGCAACACCUGUCCCUGCUGCUGAAGGCGGCUCUGCUGGUGGUCAACGCUGUGGACCGGGACCACCGGCCCGUCCUGGUUCACUGCUCUGACGGCUGGGACCGCACACCUCAAAUCGUUGCUUUGUCCAAGCUGCUGCUGGACCCGUACUAUCGCACUAUUGAGGGCUUCCAGGUUUUGGUAGAGACGGAGUGGCUGGACUUUGGCCACAAGUUCGCGGACCGCUGUGGCCACGGGGAGAACUCGGAGGACCUGAACGAGCGCUGCCCCGUCUUCCUGCAGUGGCUGGACUGUGUUCACCAGCUGCAGAGACAGUUCCCCUGCUCCUUCGAGUUUAAUGAAGCCUUCCUGGUGAAACUGGUGCAGCACACCUACUCCUGUCUGUUCGGCACCUUCCUGUGUAACAGCGGCAAGGAGAGGGAGGACCGGCACGUUCAGGAGAGGACCUGCUCCGUUUGGUCGCUGCUGAGACCGGCCAAUCGCACGCUGAGGAACAUGCUGUACUCGUCACACUCCGAGAUUGUUCUCCACCCAGUGUGUCACGUGCGCAACCUGAUGCUGUGGACGGCAGUCUACCUACCCAGCUCCUCCCCCACCACUCCUUCAGAUGACUCCUGCGCCCCUUACCCCGUGCCCGGUGCCAACCCCGAGGACGCACCCCUGGGCAGACGUACGAAGACUCGAUCCUUCGACAACUUGCCCAGCGCCUGCGAGCUUGGAAGCACGCUGGCUCCAAACCGCCGCUCCAGCGACCCGAGCCUCAACGAGAAGUGGCAGGACCACCGGCGCUCUCUGGAGCUCAACAUGGCAGUGGGGCCCGAGGAAGGGGGCAACCAGGACCAGGAGGUGCGGCCUAAUGGAGUGGGCCCUUACACAGACAGUGUGGACUCCGAGCUGGACGACAGCCCGCAGCCCCAGGCCGCACGCAUCGAGCUGGCGCAGGCGGUGUCCCUGAGCCCAGCGGCAGAGGAGGACGCAGAGGAGGCAGAGCUCUCUGUAGCAGUGGGCUUGGCUGAGGGCCAGAUGGAGAACAUUCUGCAGGAAGCCUCCAAAGAGGAGGCGGGAGCAGAGGUUCAAAGAGAAGGUAGUGCUGUUGUCACUCAUGUCAUUAACACUGUUGUCACAGAGGUGGAGACAGAAGCAGAAACCAAUGAGGAUAACCAGAGCGCCAAAGUCAAUGGGACUGAGACACAAGCAGCAUUUGCAAAUGGUCACCAUGCAGAGGAUGGUGAAGUGGAGGCUGAGGAGGAGGCUGAGUCUCCUGCUCUGCCUGCACAGAUGGAAGAGGAGCAGGAGCAGCAGGUAGCUGAGGAAACUCACACAGUGGAGGAGGAGGAGGAGGAGGAGAAGGAAGAGGAGGAGGAGGAGGAGAAACAGGUUGUAGUUAGCUGUUCUGAACAGGAGGAAGCUGCACAUGGACCCAGUCAGCCCGGCUUAGGUGAGCCAGAGCAGCUCACAGAUCAUAGAACUUUAACAAACGGCUUUGCAGACAGCUCGCCAGGUGCUGAUGAGGAGACUUGUCCCGACUCUGACUCUGACAGAGGACUCUCAGAGCCGGUGGAGCAGGUGGAUAAGAGAGCCUCUCUUAUGGAAAGCUCCACUGAGACUCUGACUGAAGAGGCCUGCAGCAGGUUGGAGCUUCCUGCUCAGCCGCCUGUGUAUCAGAGCCGUCAGCCCUGCAGGAAGGAGAAGGUGAUGGAGACGGGCGAGCACGGCUUUAUCAGGACUUUAAAUGGGGGCAAGCGUCCCUCCGUCAGUGCCUUUCAGCCUGCUGACCUCAGCAGGGACGGGCUGUGUAACGGUGACACCUCCGACGGGGAGCCCUGCGGAGGACCUCACUUGGCCAAAGGGAACGGGGAGCGGGCCCCUCUGAGCCGACAGGUUUCACUGGCGAGCUGCAACUCCCUGAUCCUCCACCCACGGGGCAGCUGCUCCCAGCACCGCUGGUGCCACGCCCUGCUGAGCCGGGCCGCCAUCAGCCCGGAGCAGCCGUCCCGCAGCCACCUGGACGACGACGGGCUGACGCUGCACACAGACGCCAUCCAGCAGAGGCUGAGGCAGAUUGAGGCUGGACACCAGAUGGAGGUGGAGACCCUGAAGAAGCAGGUGCAGGAGCUGUGGAGCCGCCUGGAGAACCAGCAGCACGCCGGCUCCCACAGGAUCAACGGAGACAUGGGAGACGAAGUGACCUCCAUGACAGAUUCGGAGUACAACCUGGACCCCAACUGUCUGUCUCGCUGCAGCACAGAGCUCUUCUCAGAAGCCAGCUGGGAGCAGGUGGACAAGCAGGACACUGAGGUCACUCGCUGGUACCCCGACCAUCUGGCAGCCCACUGUUAUGGCUGUGAGAGCAGAUUCUGGCUCGCCACCAGGAAACAUCACUGCAGGAACUGCGGUAACGUGUUCUGCGCCAGCUGUUGCGACCAGAAGAUCCCAGUGCCAAGCCAGCAGCUGUUCGAGCCCAGCCGCGUCUGUAAGACCUGCUACAGCAGCCUCCAGCUCAGUCCGGCUCCCCUGGAGCUGGAGCUGGAGAAACCCAUCACAGCCAGCUCCAACUAAGGCUCCGAGGACCGGGAUGGUGGCGGCUGCGGUAGA